CAUGGAAAAAUGGCGUCCAGCGAAUCCUGUAACGCCGUCCUUGGUAAUUCCUCGGCGUCUCAGGAUAAAGUUGGUCCAAUGUCGACCUUUUAUACGGUACUUCAAUCUUGCCUUAAGGAUCCUGACAAGAACUAUCAGGAGAAAGUAGAUGCACUUCUUAGAGCGUGGGAAACAUUAGCUUCCUACACCAAUCAGUCUUCCCCAAGAGAUAAUGUUGAUUAUCUCACAGAAAACUUGUACAGGGAUACGCUUAUGCUGGUUUUACGAGGAGAAUGGAAUAAACUUCCACAAGCAAACAAAACACAUCUAAAUGUCACCCUUCAGAACACCAUUUCCAACCUGUCUAAAACACCCGCCUAUAACCUAUGCCAGCAUGUGAUUCGCGUGGUCAAUAAUCCAUGGAACGACCCUACGUUGAAAAAAAUCAUCGACGGCGAAUCGAUCAGUGAAUCAGAAGGGCUUGAGUUUUGUUUGGCGGAAAUGCCAACGCUCCUGACAAUCCGCCUCGAUAGGUUAUGUGAUGAUAGGUGCAGAGACAUUGCGCUCCGACUAGUUGCAGUCUACAGAAAAUGCUUACAGGACUCUUCAGAUUCACGGUUUUUGGAGUCAUGUGCAGUGUCAUUUCAAGAACAGUGGCUAGAUUUGCAUGUGGCGCUACUCUACAGCUUCAAAAAGAAAGAAGAAGUUAUCGCAAUAUUAAAGCAACACACCUUGGAAGAUGGCUAUAACUUAGUAAAGCGCCUCAUCGACAAGCAUACGUCGCAAAUCCAUGCACAAAGUAGCGGGAGUAGUGGAAUCAACCGAAUCUGGCGGCAUCACAGCUUGAAGACUGCCGAAUUUGCCAGCCAGUGUUUGCUUACCACGGCUUUGAUCAUAUGUCCUCCUCCGAACUGCCUCUCAUCACUAGCCAUUCAGCUUGUGAACUUGCAAAAGACGAUCGGUAACUCAAGCCAAACAGUGAUCGAGAUGCUGCAUACAUUGGUAGAUCAGAAUAAACUGAUGACAUCGGCGCACAUGUAUGUUCUCUGCGCAACGCUUUCGGAAGAGCUUCGUGGUGAUCUAAAGUCAUUCUGUAUAGAACUCUACGUCAGAGCAGUGGCGGUUGAUCUCAACGACUUGGAAAAUCGAAAGUUAAAUCCAGAAGGAAGUGGAGUAAAAAGCGGUGAAAUGGGUCUAGCAGUUGUGUUCUCUAAAUUGGCCGAAUUGGUCCGUGCCAACGUGAGAAUUUGCAGAGAGAUCGCAUUGACGGCCUUCUCGCUCCAUCCCACCAAGGAGCGCUACGAUAAGCUGGUGGAGCUGGCGGCAUUGACACUUGAAAACGGAUUCAAGUUGGAGUCGGUUGCAACUACCGGCGCAAAGCCAUCUUCAUCACUAACGAUCACCGACUACGGUCAAGCAAUUAUGGAGCAUGGCCGCGGUGCCGUGGUUGGGGAACCGCCACCAGGAAGUGGCGGAGGUCCGGGUGGUGGCGUUGCCAAUGACGAAGCUCGCGAUGAAAGCGAAUGCCUGAAUUCUACCUUCGUGAGUGUCAAAGAUGCAUUGGAGGAUGCGGAUAGCGGAGUGGACCUGAAUGACAUUACCAACGGCAUCGGAGAGCAAGAGAUCGGAAGCCCGAGUACGCUGUCCCAGGAGGAGGAAACGCAAUCUCCCUAUUCCGAUUCUGCCGCUGCCACGUUGGGUGUAUCGAAGGCUGUCAUAAACGAUCUUGCCAGUGUGGUGCACAGUGUGCGGUGGGAUGUGCUUACUUGGAAAAUUGGAUGGGAGCAGCUGAAACCUCUCUGCCGGCGUUACAUGGCCGAUCAGGAAAACAUGCGUUCUGUCACCAAAGAGCUUCUCUUCCUCAAAAUUGAUUACAAUCGGUUUAAAGACAUGCCACGACCUGAGCGCGAUGAGUUUUGGGGCAUCGAAAAGGGCUACGAAAACUGCAUGGAACCAGUGAUGGAAAUUGAAGAAAGAAGUCGGCCCCGCGUCAAAACGGAACCCAAACGUCAAAAGUCGAAACAUUCGUCACGGCAAGCGUCUGAGAGUUCCAGCCCGUACGCCGAUGAAGUGGCUGAGCGCAAAAAAGUACUGAAGAAGAAGACCUGGAUGCGCAAAGUGACGCUGUCGCUCAAAACCUCUUCCGAUUCCGAUAGUAGUAUCGGAUUCAACCAAUCAAAGUUGAAUUCUGAAUCGAAUUCAACUCCGGAUGGUGUCAAACGAUCUGCAAGGAUCAAAGCCAGCAAGAAAACCAAUGCCGUGUCUCGAGGUUCAUCUCCUCUCGUGAAACGAUUACGAGAAAUCCGACCAGAUUUUGGCAGUGCCAAUCAAUGGCAAGAUUCUUGUCCAGUCACACAAUCCACUCGAUCUCCUCUCUGCGACUCAGCAGAUUUACCCAGCAAUAAUAUUGUACAGCAGCACAUCCAAUUGUCUCGUUGUUCGUCGUCUUCGUCCUCCUCCUCUUCGUCGUCUCCGUGUCCCAAUGCCGCCGAUCAUUUCGCACCUAUGCUCAGCACAUUGGAUAUGCAACCCAAAGUCAUUUUGACGAGAACGCCCGUCAACUCGCCGGGACCUUCUCCGAUCAAGAAAGCGAACAGCGCCACCAAGAUGCUCCCGGCAGCAGACGGCAUUGUCGGCUGUCGCGUCCUCUUAGAAAAACUUGAUAAAGUACACUCCGGCGUGGAGCGAACCAUGACUAACCUCAAAGGCCUCGAUCACGUCCAGGUCAGACCACCUCCCACCGCCGUACACAUGGUGCAGCUACGUAACCUGCCGGCCAACAGCCGACUCGCUACGUCUAAUGGAAUGCCCAGCAGCGCUGACGGGAACGGUGAUACCGGUGUCAGCAAUAAUGGCAACGCGGCGAGUGUCCACCGACAAGAGCAGCAGCAGGAACAACAUCAGCAAGAGGAAGCCAGCAAAGCGCCCACCUCUUCGGCAUCUUCCUCCUCCUCCCCCGGUGGCGGCGAAGCACCGCCGUUCACGAGUACGCCAAGUGUCCAAAUCACAGCUGCACCAUCGGGCAGUGGCCCUGGCUCGGCCAGGAAUGUUACCGAUCCGGAUCCAGUGACGUUAGUUUCGACUCCUUCUGUUAGCAUCUUCCAAGUGGCCCAUCGGCCUGCAGGCAAUAAUAGCAGCGCUGUCUUACAGCCUGUUGCAGCCGUGACGGGUUUCAAUCCGCCAAACCCCAGGGUGAAGACGCCGGUGGCUUCGCGAUUGCCAAAAGGUUCCAGAAACGCUGCGCCGAUUGUUAGACCUUGCAUGGAUGAUCUGCCUUCCGUCACUCUGUCGCAAAUGUUGGCCCAAUCGCCCAGCAUCGAUAGCACAGAAGCGAAUUCGCCCCAAUCGCAGCCUGUCGCUACGUCCAACGGACCGAAUCCAUCGUCAGGAACGACUUCGCUUGCAACGAAACAGACCUCGUCCCAGUCGGGAAGUUCGCGAUCUUCACGGGUCCAGCGAUCCAGGGGAGAACCAAGCAUACCGCCAAGCCCAGGCGAUGGUACCAUGGUCUCAUCGACGGUGUCUGUUGCGAGCAGUUCGCCUCUUCCAUCGGAUAUCAGCUCUCCGUGUAGAGUCCCAUUGGUCAAAUAUGUCGAUCUGGAUAUGGUGAGCAGUCCGUCGAGACCCAGGCCUGGAAGUACGACCGGCGUGCGACGCCACAGCCAGGGCUCCAAUUCGAAUUCGCCCGACCCGCACAGAUCAAACACAGCCAAGGGUCAUCGAGCUGCAGCUGCUGGACAGAAUCCAUCGAGUCCCGCGUUAAGCAGUCCGCAGAGUCCGGCACUUCAAGCUCCACCUAGCCCGCUGUCGUUUCGCAAACAACAGCAACAUCAUCACGUGUAUCGACAACAGGAUAAUAAAGCCAUGACCGGCGAUAGACUGGCAUCUCCAAGUCACCCGUCGCAAUGUUCGUCGCCAUUUUCGCGGCCAUCAAGUCGUUCCCAGGAUACUAGUCCGAGUCCAUCAGAGGUGCUUAGUGGAUCCAUGUUUCCACCAGGAUUUCUUCCUUACGGCCCUUCGGCAGAUGCGGGCUCGAAUUCGAACCAUCCGGGAGCUAGCCCAUCUCACGGAGCUGCAACAUCCGCCAGCCGGCUAUCCAAUUUCGGUGGCAUUUCACCUAGUCAAUCGAAUGCACCGAGUUUCCCGUCAGCUCUGCCGAAAUUCGGCCAGGCUUUCGGAAAAAAGAGUCAUUUCGACGUGAUGCCUGUACUGGGAUCAAUGAGCACACCACCACCAGCUGCCAUAACAACAACCUCGUCUUUAAAUCCUGUUCCGUCUUUGCAAGAUCCGAAUUUACAGGUUACACGCAUGAUUAACAGUGGUUUAGGAGGCAACAGCUUUGGCGAUAGCAGUCGCAGAUUUGUCGAGGAAUCACAUAAUCAAUCUGAAGAAGAAGGAUUGGGAUCGAAACUUCACUCGUUGCUGGAAUCGGCCCUCAACGGGCAGAUCAGCCGAUCGCCUACGAGAGGUCUCCCGCAAACCCAGCAGUUAGUGACGGGCAAUCCUGAAAUGCUGCUAUCAGACUCUGCGCCUUCCAUCAGCCCUCUGGUGGGCGGAAUGGACUCGCAAUCAGGAAGUGAUAUGGCCGGCAGUGGGGGUUCCUUAUCGGAGCAAUUGCGCGAAUUCGAGUCCGUCUUUGAACGUGUUGCCGCCAGCACUGGAGGCAGCCACUUGCAGAAUCAGCCCGACCCUUGGUCGGAACUGGCCAAUCCCGACGAUGGAUCGUACAUGGGAGUCGGCCCUGUUGAAUUCUUAGCGCCAUCGUCCACUUUUUCUGAAUCGAUGGACGUGUCUGAAGCAUCGCCUACUUCGCCCAAUUCUGCGGACGGCCAUUUAUCGUGCCCGCCAGAAGAUGGAGGGUCAGUGUCGGCCGUCCCCGUCAAUGGGAAAGGCGCACCGCUGAUGCAACUCCUCACCGUCGCCUCAGCUGCCCGCCAAGCGCUGGAAGACGAAGAGAAGGAGAACGAAAUCACCAGCCCGUCUCCGAUAGCGUGUCUCGAGGUCAAGGUGGAGCCCACCGUCGAAGACGUGGUCAACGAUGAAACGGCUGAUAAAAAAGAGAGGCAAGACCAAGACAAGUUGAACGACGGUCAGCACAUCUCGGUGCUGUUCCCCGCCAGCAGGGUGGUGUCACUCUCGACCGUUUUCACGGGAUCCAUCAUGGUCAAUACAACCGAAGCUAGUCAACCGCCUGCCACGCCGUUACCGAGGAGCACGACGCCGCCGACGACAGGUUCCAUCAAACCGGAAGCACCGCCAAAAAAUAAUCGAAAUAAAAGUUUCCCGAAAUCGAGUCCGGUGGUCAGUCCUAGUGCCAGCGGGAACACGACUCCCAACAAAGCGACGCCAGUUGCAACCACAUCGACCGCUGCUUCGUCGGCUAGUCCAGCUGCCAACAAGGCUCCCCAAAAAGCGCACGACGAUGAGCACACUGUCCUCAGAGUUCAAGCCAUUUUGGAAGAGUACAAGGAACAGUUGAGGAAUUCCCCCGAUCUCCAGAACAAGCCGGCCCCGCGCAGACGUUCCAACCCUCUGCCGUCUCCAAACGCCACGCCAAAGAGGCGAAAGUCGGUGCAGAGUAAGGUGAAGUUACUCUCGCAUCAUGCGCGGCCUGCUGAAACGAAUUCGGAUGGAACGCCGAACGCUAGCAGCAGUGCGGAUUCGACUCCGAGCGCGAUGACGGAGCAACUGUCGGUGUCUUCGAACGCGGACAUUACCCCUAGCACUCUUCCGGCAAUAGAGUGCGUUAAGACGGAACCGAACACGUCCCCGCCAACCACCACUACCACCACCACCACCACCACCAUGACUACUACAACAACGACGUCCUUAACGACAACAGUCAAAGCGGAAGCGCAAAAAGCCGAAGGCACGACGACGUCUGUCCAGAUGUUGAACGCGUCAGCCGGAAUCCAAUUGUCCAUCCCUGUUAGCGCGGUGGUGACGAGCAGAUCGGCCUCUUUAACCAUUACGAAUGACGGAGGGACGAGCGCAAUCACCUCAAUUCCACCAGGAACAGGAGCGGCUACGACGGCCACGGUUUCAUCGGCUCCGCCAACUCCACUUACUUCGUUGGCCGGCGUGUCUACCGUUCCAAUCGGCAUGCUUCACCAACAGCUGCUCGUUCAAUCCGGGUCGGGCGGCGUACGGCAGCUUCUGUUCCCGUUGAAUUUCUCUUCUGCUCGCGGCGGUACAUCAGCCCCGCGCUACAUUCAAGUGCGCCAAGUCACGAUGAGCGGCCAACCAGGCGUGCUAAGUUUCCCGGCUCGUUUUGGAACGCCGAUCACGAUGCGAGCCGUCGCGCACACUGCCGUCAACGUGACGCAUCCGGGCCAGCAGCAGACUCAACAAACUCAGGAGCAGAACGCCGCGUUUCCCGCCAAAUCGGCCGUGCCUGGAGACACGCACGUCAUACUCUCUUCCGAGAUCCCAAUCGCCAACCAGUCUUCGGCUAGUGGUACUGUGCCACAGAGGAAUCCCUCGUUCAGCGUGGAACUGGAAUCGACGACGACGUGCUGCGCAGCGCAGGCGAGCACCCCGAAGUCCGAGGCGAUUUCAGUAGUGACUGUUCCAGUGACCGCUCCCACUACGACGAGUGUCUUGAGACUGGUGCCGCAGUGUGUGCCGACAGUAAAUAGGGUUAACCUGCCCGUUCCAGCUGGUAUGGACACCAACGCUUUGUUGGCGACGACUUCGAUGGUCACCUGCACGGCUACGACUUCCACGCCACCUCCUGUGCUGGCCCCUGUAGUUGAGGAUUCACCUAACGUGGCCGCCACUGUCGUCGAGGAGGCCGAUCACGGCAAGUGGAGCGAUCAAGGCACGCCGAGCGGUUCCAGGAAUUCAGUGGACGGCUCGGUGACACCAGCGGCCGACGAGAAGCUUCUCAAUGACGCAGAGACGGGCGUUUCUGAAUUUCUGCCGUGUGCCGAUUUCAUGGGACCGGGAAUUUCACCUUCGCCUUGUUUCAGCCUUUCAGAUUCACCAUUAGGAUCGCAGAACUCGUCGCCAGUCACGUCACCGGCCACCUUCCAGGCGUCUUCAACCGAUGAGGAUUCCAACGGUCUAGUUACAUCUGGUGACGGAGAUCUGGCUCCGUCAGGUGGUCUCCGAAAAACAUCCAAGUCGAAAAUCUUAAAGCGAAACAUGAAGCCACGGAUGGUCAUGGUUCGCAAGGAUCACGGCGGAAUGGAGUAUCGCCGCAUGAGUGACGGUGAAGGAGGGCCGGCCGUCAUCCGAAAUGAUCGGCGCUCGUUAGGCAAACGCUUGGCGAACAAGCAAGCCGCCAUUGCCGCGGUGGCCGCUGGAGCCGCAACGGCUUGUAUCAGCUCUCUCUCGCCUGCCCAGCCUGAAAGCCAUGAAACGUCGCCCAACGCUCAAUCACCUCCAUCGCCGAAGCUUGUUUCUGAAGAUUCUGAAUCUAGCAGAACGGUUGUCCAAGCCGUUAGGCUUGUGAUUAAGAAAGAAGGGGACAUCUCCGUGGUGACGUCGAAAGCAGAGUCGAUGACGACACCCACCAAACUAUCGGAAUUGACGAAGAGCGAACUAGUGAAAGCGCGACAACAAGAUCCGAACGACUUGUCUUCCACGUCCAUGUCUGCUGUUGCCAUGAAUAGCGACCCCUCGAUUAAGAAAGAACCACCCAACGAGGAGGACACGAAUGCCAACACGGCGUCAACCGAUACCUCAGUAGAGAUGGAUGAAUACAUUGUACGGCCAAGACGUUGCGGUCGCUUGCAGAAGGACGAAGUCUUGAAUCAACACGAUCCCGAUGUCUGUCCUCUAGAACGCGGUAAGGCGAAACGCAGAUCAUCGGUUCGCACCAACGUCAAGAAAAAUUGCCCGUGUUGCGUGUCAGUCAGCGAAGGUCGCAAACGAACUAAAAGUGAACCGCUUGGCAUGGAUAACGCGUCUCCAGAACACACGGGGCCGGCUAAGAAAGCCCUUGUCAACGCACUGGCAUCCUGCGCUGUGGCGGCGGGAAUGAUAUCGACGACAGCCUCGACGACCGCCGUAUCGACGUCAGCUCCUACCCCAGCACCUACCCCAGCUGCCGGCAGGCCGAAAACGACGAAGAAAUACGCUCAACGCAAAAGAUGAGGUUUGCACCUCAGUCGCUGGCAUGCGCUUUCAACCCCACCCACUUUCGAAUUUGAUAAGUACUCUUUUCUCUUUUUUACUACUACUACUACUACUAAAGAAAACCAACCAAAACUGUCAUCGAGACAUUCCCGUGGUCUAAUCCCCCCCCCCACCGUCUAGUCACUUAAGAUUAUGUUCGUCAUCUGAUUCGAUUGACGUAUAGAAAAGGACCUCUUCGUGCCACUGAUAUUUUCACUCAAUCCCCGUUUUCUUUGUCCAUAACUGCGUAAAACAAAAAAGAAAAAGAAAAAAAAAAAAAAAGAAUGUGUCCCAAAAUUUUGACUUUUUUCAACCUCUUAUCCUCGUUACGACGUUUCCCUAGCUUUUGCGUCUCUCCAAAUUUCUACAACUGAGCGUUUGUCGUGACCCUGUCGUUUAGGUUUAGUAUUACGGUUUUGCGUUUCUCAUAUACAUUUUCGUUUUUUUUUUUUAAGAACCGAAAAAAAAGCUAGUUUCCGAUUGCCCUUCGCCGUACCUCUUUCCCAUUGCAGCUAAAUCAAGUUUGAAUGUAUCUCACGUCUUCAUUGAGCUCUCGAGUUUUCAAACCCCCCCCCCCUGCUUUAUAUCAGUGUUGAGUAGUACCCUUCCACUCCGCCCUGAAUAGGGAUUUAAAAGCAAAACAAGUAAAUAUUGGAAACAAAGAAGAAAAUGGGGGGCAAUUUCUGUCUGUUCUUUUUGGUUGUCGUAACUCUUGUUUAUAUUGCCACACCUUCGUAUAACUACUACCCGCCCACCCGAGGAAGAAGCUAUUCCUUGAAAGGUUUCAUUUCGCUUAUUGAUGACGAUGGAAGGGGUUCUAUUGCCAGCCUGUGAUGGAUCACGUGCUCAAACACACACACA